AAAAUGGUAGUAUGCCUACCUAUCCUGCUAUCUGGUAGUACUAGCAUAUAAAUCAACACCUCAAAUACUCAAAGACUCAAAACUAACCUGUACUUGUUUUCUCAACUGAAAAAAUAUCAGACCGCAAAACCUUGUGUGCAUAACAAAAACCAAGCAAAAAAAAUCCAGUAGAGCUUUCCAGGGAAUGGCAUACACAGGACCAGUGCUGACUGCUAUUGCAACACCACCAUUGCAUUCCAACAGAAACCCAAAAUCAAAAUCAAAGGUACGCAUAGACACCACCUCUUAUUGCUCUUUGGAUUGCUCACAAUCAUCUUCAUCUUCAAAUUCUACAGCCACUGAAGAAGAAAGUAAUAGUAGUAGUGCCACAAAGAAAUUUAGCUAUAGCAGAGCCUCUCCAUCUGUGAGAUGGCCCCACCUAAAAAUACACACAGACACACACCACCACCACUCACCUCACUUUCAAUUCAAUGUUGCCUCACCUCCACUGACCCGUAUGGGUUCUUCACAAAAUACCCAAGAUUCUGAGGGUAAAGAGGAUACCAUGGAGUCUUUGGAUGUGAAUGAUGAAACCCUAGAAGUGUUGGGUAGGCCUAGUAGGACUAGGGUGAAGAAAAUGAACAAAUUGGCAUUAAAGAGGGCUAAAGAUUGGAGGGAGAGAGUUCAAUUAGUGACGGAUAAGAUUUUGGGAUUGAAAUCGGAGGAGUUUGUGGCCGAUGUCUUGGAUGAUCGAAUGGUGCAGAUGACACCAACGGAUUUUUGUUUCGUGGUGAAAUGGGUUGGACAAUCGAGUUGGAACCGAGCCCUAGAGGUUUAUGAGUGGUUGAAUCUCCGGCAUUGGUAUUCUCCGAAUGCCCGGAUGCUUGCAACAAUACUGUCUGUGCUAGGUAAGGCCAAUCAAGAGACCUUGGCAGUGGAACUUUUUACUCGGGCAGAGCCGGGGGUUGGUAAUACUGUUCAAGUGUACAAUGCCAUGAUGGGUGUUUAUGCUCGAAAUGGUCGGUUCAGUAAGGUUCAAGAACUGCUUGAUUUGAUGAGGGCGCGAGGGUGUGAACCUGACCUUGUGAGUUUCAAUACUUUGAUAAAUGCACGCUUGAGAUCGGGGGCAAUGGUCCCGGACUUGGUAAUUGAACUUCUAAAUGAGGUGAGGAGGUCAGGUCUUCGACCUGAUGCUAUAACUUACAAUACACUUAUAAGUGCUUGUUCACGCGAAUCCAAUUUGGAGGAGGCUGUAAAGGUCUAUGAUGAUAUGGAGGCACAUAAAUGCCAACCUGAUCUAUGGACUUAUAAUGCCAUGAUCUCUGUUUAUGGGAGAUGUGGACUGGCUACCAAGGCUGAGCAUCUCUUUAAGGAAUUGGAGUCAAGAGGGUUUUUCCCAGAUGCAGUUACAUAUAAUUCUCUGCUCUAUGCAUUUGCAAGAGAAGGGAAUGUUGUGAGGGUAAAGGGAAUUUGUGAGGAAAUGGUGAAAAUGGGGUUCGGGAAGGAUGAGAUGACUUAUAACACCACCAUCCACAUGUAUGGGAAGAAGGGUCAGCAUGACCUGGCACUGCAACUUUAUCGAGACAUGAAAUCAUCUAAUCUUAGUCCUGAUGUAGUUACAUAUACUGUUCUUAUUGAUUCGCUUGGAAAAUCAAAUAGGAUUACUGAGGCUGCUAAUUUGAUGUCAGAGAUGCUAGAAAUGGGUGUCAAACCCACUUUACGGACAUACAGUGCUUUGAUUUGUGGGUAUGCAAAGGCUGGAAAGCAAGUGGAGGCUGAGGAGACAUUUGAUUGCAUGCUGAGGUCUGGAAUAAAACCAGAUCAUCUAGCUUACUCACUGAUGGUGGAUAUCCAUUUGAGGUCAAAUGAAACCAAGAAGGCAAUGCAAUUGUAUCAUAGAAUGGUUUAUGAUGGUUUCACACCGGAUCAGGCCCUUUAUGAAGAUAUGCUUCUAGUGCUCGGAAGGGAGAAUAGAGAGGAAGAUAUCCAAAAAGUGGUUAAGCACAUGGAAGAAUUAUGUGAUUUGAACCCGCAAGUUAUUUCAUCAAUCCUUGUCAAGGGCGGAUGUUAUAGUCAUGCGGAUAAAAUGUUGAGACUGGCUAUUAUGCAGGGCUACAAUUUGGACCAUGAUAACUUAUUAUCUAUCUUGAGUUCGUAUAGUUCGUCGGGAAGGCACUUAGAAGCACAGGAAUUACUAGAAUUUUUGAAAGAACAUGGACCCAUAUCCCAUAUAUCAAUAAGUGAAGCUCUGGUUGUUAUUCUUUGCAAGGCUCAUCAAUUAGAUGAUGCUUUGGAUGAAUACAGUAAAUCUAGGGGAAUGAGUUCAUUUGGUGGGAGCUUCGCCAUGUAUGAGUCCCUUAUUAAGUGCUGUGAGCAGAGUGAACUGUUUGCUGAAGCUUCUCAGGUAUUUUCUGACAUGAGAUUCAAUGGAGUGGAGCCUUCUCAGCAUCUUUACCAGAGUAUGGUGCUUAUGUAUUGUAGAAUGGGCUUCCCAGAGACGGCUCAUUAUUUGAUUGAUCAGGCAGAAUCAAAGGAUAUUCUAUUUGAUGAUACUUGCAUUUAUGUUACUCUUAUUGAGACUUAUGGCAAGUUGAAGCUAGUGCAGAAAGCAGAAAGUUUGGUUGGGACUCUUAGACAGAGAUGUACUGUAGUGGAUCGGAAGGCUUGGAAUGCUUUACUACAGGCUUAUGCUGCAAGCGGUUUCUAUGAGAAAGCAAGAGCUGCUUUCAAUACAAUGAUGAGAGAUGGUCCUUCCCCAACUGUCGAAUCCAUAAAUUGUCUCAUGCAAGCUUUGAUUGUUGAUGAACGACUAAAUGAGCUGUAUGUGGCGAUUCAGGAAUUGCAAGACAUGGGCUUUGAGAUUAGCAAGAGUACCAUUCUUUUGAUGCUUGAGGCAUUCGCACGAGUUGGGAAUAUUUUUGAGGUGAAGAAAAUUUACCAUGGAAUGAAGGCUUCUGGCUUUUUACCUACCGUGCAUCUUUACAGAGUUAUGAUAUGCUUGUUGUGCAGGGGAAAACGAGUAAGGGAUGUCGAAGCCAUGGUUUCUGAGAUGGAGGAAGCAGGAUUCAAACCUGAUCUUUCAAUAUGGAAUUCUAUGCUUAAAUUAUACACAGAAAUCGAAGAUUUUAAGAGGACAAUUCAAGUGUACCAGAAGAUUCAAGCAGCUGGACUUAAACCAGACGAGGACACUUACAAUACUUUAAUAAUAAUGUAUUGUAGAGAUCGCAGACCUGAGGAAGGUUUGUUACUGUUGCAUGAAAUGAAAAAGAUAGGUUUGGACCCUAAGUUGGACACUUGCAAAAGCUUAAUUGCUGCAUUUGGUAAGCAGCAGCAGCUGGAACAAGCUGAGGAACUUUUUGAAGGGCUACAGUCAGAAGGAUAUAAAUUAGAUCGCUCUUUUUAUCAUAUACUGAUGAAAACAUAUAGAAGCUCUGGAAACCAUUCUAAAGCUGAAAAGCUACUGGUCUUGAUGAAAAAAGCAGGAGUGGAACCUACCAUUGCUACAAUGCAUUUACUCAUGGUAUCUUACGGCAGCUCAGGAAAUCCAGCUGAAGCUGAAAAAGUGCUUAAUAAUUUGAAAUUAACAGGUGCAAGUCUUAGUACACUACCAUAUAGUUCAGUUAUUGAUGCUUAUCUCAAGAAUGGAGAUUAUAAUAUUGGAAUUCAGAAGAUCCAGGAGAUGAAGAGAGAAGGUCUUGAGCCAGACCACAAAAUAUGGACUUGUUUUGUUAGGGCUGCAAGUUUGUCCCAGACCACGAGUGAAGUCAUAAUUCUCUUAAGUGCCUUAAAAGAUGCUGGUUUUGAUCUUCCAAUCAGGCUACUGACAGAGAAAUCUGAAUCACUAGUUUUGGACGUAGACCAGUAUCUUGAGAAACUAGAACCUAUAGAAGAUAAUGCAGCAUUUAAUUUUGUCAAUGCUUUGGAAGACCUUUUGUGGGCAUUUGAAUUCCGAGCCACGGCUUCAUGGGUUUUCCAACUUGCAAUCAAGAGAAACAUUUAUCGCCAUGAUGUGUUUAGGGUAGCUGACAAGGACUGGGGGGCUGAUUUUAGAAAGUUGUCUCCUGGUGCAGCUCUUGUUGGUCUUACUUUAUGGCUUGAUCACAUGCAGGACGCAUCAUUGGAAGGUUUUCCGGAGUCUCCAAAAUCAGUUGUACUGAUUACUGGGACAUCUGGAUACAACAACGUUUCUUUGAACAGCACAUUGAAGGCAUACCUUUGGGAAAUGGGGUCCCCAUUUCUGCCCUGUAAAACACGGAGUGGGCUCCUUGUGGCAAAAGCUCACUCUCUUAGGAUGUGGUUGAAGGACUCUCCAUUCUGCUCAGACCUUGAAUUGAAAAACAACACUACCCUCCCCAAGGUAAACUCAAUGCAGCUCAUUGAAGGAUGUUACAUUCGACGUGGCCUUGUUCCUGCUUUUAAAGACAUAACUGAGAGGCUCGGGCAAGUAAAGCCUAAGAAAUUUGCAAGGCUGGCCUUGCUAUCAGAUGAGAGAAGAGACAAAGCGAUUCAAGCUGAUAUAGAGGGGAGCAAAGAGAAGUUGUUAAAGAUGGAACAGGUUGGCCUUGCGAGGGAUAAAAAGACCACAAAGUUCGGGAAUAGAAAAUUCAUUAGGAGACCUUUGCAGUCAACAUAAAAGCGAUGCAAGUCAGAAUUAGAGCUUUGAAAUAUAACCAUCUUCUGGUUUAUGAAUUUUGGGUGUUUCCAUUCAAAUAGGCCGCGAAUGACUUAUGUGUUGCACCGCGUGAAGGAGAACUUCUAAUCAGCAAUACAAUUAGAAGAUCAAACAAUUUUAGAGAGUUCUUAAAGGGCUCCAAACUGUUGUUCAUGCUCCAACCAAUUAGUGUCAGCGGGAGAGCUCUCUUGUGACCUGAUUGUUCGUCCUCGGAAGCUUAUGAAGAGUUGUGGGCUGCAAUUGACAGGCUGCCUUCCUUCCCUAUCUGUACAGUACAUGGGCGGCAACUGUCAUUACUGACUCCCCAAGCUACUACCUCGAAUCAUCCCUUUUGCUUUUCUCUCAUCGGCCUCACUGCCCGCAUAAUUAUGGUGGUUUUGUGGUGCUAGGGAUGCUGAGAUUGAAGACUUUUGGUGAUUGAUGUUGUUGAACAAGCAUGCCUAUUACACCAGCAUGUAUACACACCAGCAGCAAAACUGAAGUUCUUGUGGUUUCUGCAGUCAGCCUCAAAAUUUGACACAGAACCAGUGCUUGAAGAGGAAACAAUUGAAAAUAGAAUUUUUGUACCACCCUAAGCUCUCUGAGCUUUUUUUUUUUUUUUUUUUUUUUUUUUAUAAAAAAUGACUUUGAAAUUUUAUCAUGUAUAUACAGGAAAAGGUUAUAAGUAGUUA